AUGAGUCUAGAGACAGAGGAGCGGGGCGAAGCGCAGCCACCGCUCCUGCUGGACACCUUCUCGCGCGCGGUCAACGCGGUCGUUGAGUUCAACAACACCUUCGACAACUACACCUCGAUGAACGCCAGUGGCACCCCGCACACACUAUGGAACGAGUACGUGAAGCUGCUCAGGGAACGCUCGCUGCUCGUGUCCUUCCUGUUGAUAUUCUCCCUCACCACCGUCUUCGGCAACAUGCUCGUCAUCCUGGCCGUGGUGAGGGAGAGGUACCUGCACACUUCAACCAACUACUUCGUGACGUCCUUGGCUGUCGCCGACUGCCUCGUGGGACUAGUCGUAAUGCCGUUCUCGGCCCUCUACGAAGUGCUCGAACAUACAUGGUUUUUCGGCAUGGAUUGGUGCGACGUCUGGCGAUCCCUGGAUGUCCUGUUCAGCACCGCUUCGAUUCUCAAUCUGUGCGUGAUAUCAUUGGAUCGAUACUGGGCCAUUACUGACCCUAUCACAUAUCCGAUGCGAAUGAGUGGAAAAAGAGCUGCUUUCCUAAUAGCGGCCGUGUGGAUAUGUUCCGGCGCGAUAUCCUUCCCCGCGAUCGCUUGGUGGCGAGCCGUCCGAGCAGAAAAGGUCCCCAUCUACAAGUGCCCCUUCACUGAGAACCUGGAGUACAUCAUUUUCUCAUCGACGAUCUCAUUCUACCUGCCGCUAUUCGUGAUGGUGUUUACGUAUUACAAGAUAUACCGAGCGGCCACAAUCCAGACCCGUUCCCUGAAGAUCGGCACUAAGCAGGUGAUGCGCCCCAGCGGCGAGUUGGAGCUGACGCUGCGCAUUCACCGCGGCGGCACAGUGCGCCAGCGCGGCGACGCGUGUCACGGCGCGUGCACGCCCGACGACGCCGACCAGGAACCGCUGACUGCCAUGCAGAACAACGGACUCUCGCGCUCCACCACUCGACUUAGCAAUGUCGCUCACAACAAACAUUUGACCAAGAACUUUUCGCUGUCGCGCAAAUUGGCAAAGUUUGCUAAGGAGAAGAAGGCGGCUAAAACAUUGGGCAUUGUGAUGGGUGUAUUCAUUGUGUGCUGGCUACCGUUUUUUGUGGUGAACCUGCUGUCUGGGAUCUGCUCGAGCUGCAUCGCGCACGAGGAGGUGGUGAACGUGGUGGUGACCUGGCUGGGCUGGAUCAACUCGUCGAUGAACCCCGUCAUCUACGCGUGCUGGAGCCGAGACUUUCGCAGGGCUUUUCUAAGGAUUCUGUGCUCUUGCUGCCCGAGGAAACUUCGUCGCAAGUAUCAACCGCAACUACGAUUCAAGCAGUCUCAGUACCCGGUGUCAACGAUGAUGUACGCGUCGGUGUCGCAGCAGGAGAUGUGUCGCUUGUGACAUGAGGGGUGCGCGGGGGGCCGCGCCGUGCGGGGCCGCUGCUCCUGAUGCCGGGCCCGGCCGCAUGUCCCCCUGCACAUGCGCCGUGGCGAACGCCUCCCACCCGACGUCUUCCGCAUGCGAACUCUGGAUCACCGGCAC